UCUCUUCUCUAAUUCGCUGCUCUCUGCGCUAAGCUCCAUUUUUCCGCGAUUUUUUCGGAUUUGUUUUGACGUGAAAAUUCUCUUUUUUCGCUUUAUUUUUGUUCCUUGCGCCGUUUGAACCUCGCAAUGUGUGCUACAGUAAUGAAUCUGGAUGUGAUUUCUAGUGGAAGAGGACGAAGUUGGAUAGUUUGUAUGCUUUCCUAUUUGGUUUCUUUAGAUUUUACUCCUAUUCUGGGAUUUUUUUUUUUUUUUUUUUGUUAGGUUGUAAAAAGAAUUUAACCUUGGAAUAAUGCCUCAUCGAAUCCUUUAUGUUUGGUGGGAGAUUUGGGAUUCACGCAUUGGAGCUGUGUGAUCUUUUCUAAAAGAUCUGAUGAAGCAACAUGUGGGUCACCAAGAUGGAUAGGGAAAAGUCUUUCUUGUGUAUGUAUCAAGCGAAAAGGAACCUAUGAGCGCAUUUGCAUGAAUCUUACACCAUUACAGGAGGAAAGGCUACAAAGGUUGAAGCACCGUAUGAGGGUCUACUUUGAUGCUUCUAGGCAAGAUCAUCAGGGAGCUCUGAGAGCUCUUUGGCAUGCCACAUACCCGGAUCAAGAGCUCCACGGUUUGGUAUCCGAUCAAUGGAAGGAGAUGGGAUGGCAGGGGAGGGACCCAUCGACUGACUUUAGGGGUGCUGGAUUCAUUUCACUAGAGAACCUACUCUUCUUCGCAAAGACAUUUUCAACAUCAUUUCAAAGGCUGUUGAAGAAACAAGGUGGGCAGCGAGCUACAUGGGAGUACCCAUUUGCUGUUGCGGGAGUUAAUAUCACAUUCAUGAUUAUGCAAAUGCUAGAUCUCCAAUCUACAAAACCGAGAACCUUUGUCAGAGCCGUUUUUGUCCAGAUGCUUUCUGAAGAUGAAUGGGCAUUCGACUUGCUCUAUUGCGUCGCGUUCGUCGUUAUGGACAAGCAAUGGCUGGAGAAGAAUGCUUCUUACAUGGAAUUCAAUGACGUGCUGCGAUCGACCCGUGCGCAGCUGGAGAGGGAACUACUGCUCGACGACGUGAUGCGAAUAGAAGACAUGCCUUCAUAUGGCCUUCUCUGCUAGCAUUUGUGGGCAGCAGAAAUGAUAAUAGAAAAUUCAGGUUUAGAGGGCUGAUAAUUACAGUUGUACAGUCUCCUCUUUUUGUUUAUUUGGUGUUCUUUUCUUGUCCACGUUACGUUGCUUUGAAAAUUUGCGUGUUACUACUCAUAGGGAUGUCGAUGGGUACAGAUACCUGAAAUUUUAUAUGAACCCGAACCUGAGCGGAGCAGAUUUAUCUGAUGCUAAACAGAUUUAGUUUCAAAUACGGAUAUAAAAAAUGAAAAUCUGACGGAUUUGAAUUCCGGUAUGAAUUUUAUCA